AUGUACUGGUUCAACCCUCUUCUGGCAGCAGGGGUCUGCCUGGCUGAACUAAGCGCUGCACAAAUGGUGGCCUUCACAGAAUGGCCAGCCCACCUUACCCAUGGUGAAUCUGCCACAGUAAAAUGGCAGGGAGUACCUGAUGUUCCCGUCACGAUUUACCUGCGGAAAGGGGAUGCCAACAAUCUUGACCACGUCCAAGUCCUGACGACAAACGGUCGAGGAGGAUCCUUCACCUUCGUCCCUGAUGAUUCCUUGCCUGACGGCUCAGACUAUGCCUUGCAAAUCCAGCAGAAUGGACAGGAGAACUAUUCCGGCUUGUUGACACUUGGAAAUCCCGAUGGAAAGAAGCCAGGUCCUCCGUCGCCCACGACUCAAAACGCAAAGCCACAGACUCCCGCCAACCUGCCACCUCAUGAAGAUGUCUGGCCCACCGAAGUGGCAAAAGGGAACAAUGCCCAGUUCGCUAGUGUGGAUGACAUGUCCAAAGGAUCGACGGAUUUCACUUACGGGACUGCGAUGGCAGCCAAGUUGGAAACCAACGAUGCUCCUGUCGGAAGAAUUCGCCUUGGCUGGGCUCUCGCCUCGGUAGGAGCGUUGUUUUAUCUCGCUCAAUGA